AUGACGUCCACCUGCACCAACAGCACGCGCGAAAGCAACAGCAGCCACACGUGCGUGCCCCUGUCCAAAAUGCCCAUCAGCCUGGCCCACGGCAUCAUCCGCUCGAGCGUGCUGCUCGUGUUCCUCACCGCCUCUUUCGUCGGCAACAUCGUGCUGGCGCUCGUGUUGCAGCGCAAGCCGCAGCUGCUGCAGGUCGCCAACCGCUUCAUCUUCAACCUCCUGGUCACUGACCUGCUGCAGAUUUCGCUCGUGGCCCCCUGGGUGGUGGCCACCUCCGUGCCUCUCUUCUGGCCCCUCAACAGCCACUUCUGCACCGCGCUGGUGAGCCUCACUCACCUGUUCGCCUUCGCCAGUGUCAACACCAUCGUGGUGGUGUCCGUGGACCGCUACCUGUCCAUCAUCCACCCUCUCUCCUACCCCGCUAAGAUGACCCCCCGCCGGGGCUACAUGCUCCUCUACGGCACCUGGAUCGUGGCCAUCCUGCAGAGCACCCCCCCUCUCUACGGCUGGGGCCAGGCUGCCUUUGACCAGCGCAACGCCCUCUGCUCCAUGAUCUGGGGGGCCAGCCCCAGCUACACCAUUCUCAGCGUGGUGUCCUUCAUCAUCCUGCCGCUGGUCGUCAUGAUUGCCUGCUACUCCGUGGUGUUGGGUGCCGCCCGGCGGCAGCAUGCCCUGCUGUACAACGUCAGGAGCCACAGCUUGGAGGUUCGGGCCAAGGAUCGUGUGGAGAACGAGGACGAAGAGGGAGAGAGGAGGGCUGCGUCCCGGUGCCAGGACGGAGGUGAGGCCGAGGCCGAGGAGGGCGGCGUGCAGGCCGAGGAAGAGAGCGCGGAGGCCAGUGCGGGUAGGGUGGCGGCCGUGGGCAGCGAGGAGGUCCGGGACGGCGGCCCCCAACCCGCCGGCAGCGUGAAGGCGGACAAGGGCCGCGUGGAGGUCAGCCAGUGCAACAUCGACCUGGGUGAAGAUGACGCGGAGUUCGGCGUGGAUGACCUCAACUUCAGCGAGGAGGACGUCGAGGCAGUGAACAUCCCCGAGAGCCUCCCGCCCAGUCGUCGAAACAGCACCGGCGACCCCCCUCUGCCCAGGUGCUACCAGUGCAAGGCUGCGAAAGUGAUCUUCCUCAUCGUCUUCUCCUACGUGCUCUCCCUGGGGCCCUACUGCUUUCUGGCGGUUCUGGCCGUGUGGGUGGAUGUCCAAACCAAGGUGCCCCAGUGGGUGAUCACCAUAAUAAUCUGGCUUUUCUUCCUGCAGUGCUGCAUGCACCCCUACAUCUACGGCUACAUGCACAAGACCAUCAAGAAGGAAAUCCAGGAUAUGCUGAAGAAGUUCUUCUGCAAGGAAAAGCCCCCGAAAGAAGACAGCCACCCGGACCUGCCGGGAACAGAAGCUGGCACAGAGGGAGGGACCGAAGGCAAGACCGUCCCUUCGCACGACUCCGCCACUUUGCCUUGA